UUGCAUGUAUUUGCAACAUAAUUAGAAGCGUUAUAUAUCUUUAAAUGUUUCUGAUCGCUUGUUCAUAGAUCAUUAUGCACUGUUGUUAAUGUGGCACUUACGAAAACUUAAAUGUAACGUUAGUUAAAAAGUCAAACUGUGUUGUUAUAUCAGUCACGUAGAUAAAACUGUUUGUCACAGUUACACAUCGUCACUAAACGAGAUUUAUACUGUUUAGGUUGCUUAGUUGAAAAGUUACAUAACAUAGCUACGUUAGCCUUAACGGUAUUUACUGUAAAUGGUAGCUAUGGCAACCUUACAGUGCAUUUUUGCUAAUGAUCCUCUUAUCUGAACGUUUUGCUUCAGACAGGAUGGAUGCAACUCAACAAAUUGAGGAUUCAUACUCUGAAGAAGAAGAUGAGAUAGAGGAGAAACAGGAAGGACCAGAAAAAGACCAAGUAGCAAAACUGAAGGUGUUUAAAAAUGAUCACAUUCCAGAGACAGAAUUUCCUCUCUAUGUUGGAGAGAACAUCUUGGGUCGUGAUCCCGCCGUCUGUUCCGUUCCGCUUCCGGCCCGAUCUGUGUCUAGUCGGCACGCUGUCAUCUCCAUCUCAGUGUUUCGCUCUAGUAACACUCGUUCCAAUGAAAUUGAAGCCAUAGAAGCACUAUUAUGGGAUAUGGGAAGUUUAAAUGGAACCAGAAAAGGCAGAUUGAAGCUAACGCCCCAAGUGCGAUACGCACUGGCCGAGGGAGACAGUGUGGUGCUCGCUGAUGUACCGUGCCAGUAUAUCAGCCUACAUGUCCCAAAUAAACAUACCAACGUAGGUCCAAAGGAUAAAGUAGCCUCCAAGCAUAAGAAACAGAGAAGUCCAUCUCUGUCCAGCAGUGACUCAGAACCAACGGUGAGGAAAGGAGUGGUGUAUGAGAAAAAGAGAGGUACCUUGCCUCCUGUGCCUUUAUGGAGUGAUGAAGAUGAAGAACCCAAGAAUGCAACCAAUCUGUGUUCAACACAGCCAGCCAACAAGCAGCCUGAAAUCACCCUGGUGCCCGACUCUGACUCAGAUGGAGAGAGUGCUAUAGAUGAGAGGAGAGAUUUGGUUUCAGAUUCUGCAUCUUCAUCUAAUCUGGUUAGCCCCUCAGAUUCAACAUGCCUGACCCCUGCAAGACAAAUCAUUCCAGAGAGUGAGGAUGAGAGCUCCAUCACUCCAUCUUCAGCUGCAAUGGACCGAUUUAAACUGAAAGAUAGCUUCAGUGUAGACUGUUCAGACUCGUCUAAGACUGGCCCGCUUGCUUUAAACUUGGACAGUGAUACUGAUAUUGAGGAAGAGGAGACGGAAAGAAGCAGGACGGGAGCAGAGGCUCAGAUUGAAGUUGCUUCUAAGGUGCAACCGGUAUCUUCAGCAGAUCUUCAUAUGGAUAGUGAUACUGAUGUAGAGGAAGAGGAGAUGGAGAAAAGCAAAACUCAUCCAGAGGCUGUGACUGAAGAAGUUUCUAAGGUGGAAUCUGUAACUUCAGCAGAUCUUCAUAUGGACAGUGAUACUGACGUGGAUGAAGAGGAUACUGAGAAAAGCAAAACUGAACCAGAGGCUCAGACUAAAGAGACUCAAAAUUUGAAAUCGGUAACUUCAGCAGAUCUUCAUAUGGACAGUGAUACUGAUGUUGAGGAAGAGGAGACUGAGAAAAGCAAGAUAGAACCAGAGCCUCCGACUAAAGGAGCUCCAAAGGUGGACAGCGUAACUUCACCAGAUCUUAAUAUGGACAGUGAUACUGAUGUUGAGGAGAGUGAUGCUAGUAAUGAACUUCCCAAAGUUUUAGCAGUUCCGGAAAGUCCUCCAUCUGCUCCUCCUAAUGCGAAUAUCCAGUUGGACAGCGACACUGAUGUGGAAGAUGACAAUCCCAUGGAUGUUCCCAUGGCGGCAGAGGUUUCACACCCAGUAGUAAGGGAUGCUGACAUCAGACCUAACCCAAAUCUUGGUACUGAGUUCUGCAUGGAUAGUGACACAGAUGUAGAUGAAGAGGAUAAAGACAAAAAAAUCAGAGAUCCUCUGUCAAACAGUGAAACCGAUGAUGAGGAUCCUUUUAAGUCUUUACCAGGCAAAACUGUAAAUGUUGCAGCGAAUCAGAAGACGACUUCUAAUUCAGAAGGCAGCACAGUAGAACAAUCAGAUAAGGGAACCCUUAAACAAAUAAAUCCUAUCCAAACACGUACUAAUUAUGAGGAACCCACCCAAGCUUUUGACAGUCCAGAAGACUGGGACCUACAGGCCACACAAGCAUACGGUGUUACUGGAGCCAUUGCUGGUCUCAGGCCAAAGCAAUUGGAUCUUGAGGCUACACAGGCAUACGGAUCCGAAAUAGACAGAGAGGAAGAAGAGAAGGAGCCUCUGAGCCAUAAUGAAAUGUACUCAAACCUUUCCACUGCUGAAACUCAGUUGAUCCUAUCAUCAAAGAGUAAUGAUGAAGAUGAUAAUGAUGAUGAAGAGAUGCAUGAUCACUCUCACCUCUCCACAGCAGACACUGUCAUCAUCGCCAGCACCCCUAGACGAGAAGAGCAAACUCAGAAUUUUGCUCUCUUCAGCGCCCCAACACAACUCAUGUGGGAGGGAGAGGAGAAAGAGGUGGAUCAGAGUGAUACCACUGAUGAAACACAAAAUGUUGAAGAGGAUGAGGAGAAUAUUAAAUGGGGUAGAAGGAAAACUCAUGUUGGAAGAAAGAUGCCAAAACAUAAAAACAUAUCCAGCUCUCAUAUUUUUAUUGCUGAAACGCAGCCUAUGUGUGAGGAUGAAGAGGCAUCAGAUGAAGGUUUGAACAGUGCUGUCAGCAGCAAAGACACAGAUCAUGAACGCAAACAUCUUAAAGGAGAACCCUCUAGCUCCAAUAUCGCCAUUGAAGAAACACAACCUAUGUGUGAGGAUGAAGAUGCAUCAGAUGAAGGUCUGAGCAGUGCUGUCAGCAGCAGUGAUACAGAUCAUGAACACAAACAUCUUAGAGGAGAACCCUCUUGCUCCAAUGUCGCCAUUGCUGAAACACAACCUUUGUCUGAGGAAGAGCAAACACUGAAUGAGGAUUUUAAGAGUAGAGUCAACUCUGCGAGACCAAAUUUAAGACAGCAGGCAGAGGAACAGAAAUCCAAUCAGCUUGCAUCUAAAAGCUCCAUCUCCCAUAUUACCAUUGCUGAAACACAGCCUAUGUGUGAGGAUGAAAACGAACCAGAUGAAGGUCUCAGCAAUGCAGUCAGCAGCGUUCUUACAGGUCAAGAUAAAGCCAUGCAUCUUACAGAAGAACCCUUGGCGUCUCAUGUCACCAUUGCUGAAACACAGCCUAUGAGCGGUGAAGAACAAACACUAAAUGAGGAUCUGAAGAGUGCGGUCAACUCUGCUACACUAGAUACAAAUCAUGAAUCCACACAGCUUGCUGAUAAUAUUUUGGGAACCAAGAAGCAAGAAUCUCUGAUCACUGAAACACAGCCUAUAUGUGAGGAAGAGGAGCCUCCUAAACAACUAAAGAAAACACAGCUUGUGGACGAGGACGAUGAAGGACAGGACAAAGACCUUAAAAGCAAGAUGCCUAGUAGAAGAUCGCGCAGAGGAAGACCAAAAAAAGAGGAGGUUGCACAGGAUGCUGAGGCUGUUGUCCAUCACACUAUUCCAACAACAGAGGGAAUUUGUGAAGAAGAUGAAGAACAGAAUAUUGAACUAAAAUCCAGAAGAUCUUGCAGGGGAAGGCCAAAAAAAGAGGAGGUUGCACCGGCUGCUGAGGCUGUUGUCUUUCACACUAUUCCAACAACAGAGCCAAUUUGUGAAGAAGAUGAAAAAGACGAAGAACAGAAUAUUGAACUAAAAUCCAGAAGAACUCGCAGGGGAAGACCUAUAAAAAAGAAUGAAAUUCCACAACCUGCUGUGUCUCUUGUCACAGAAACACAGCCUGUUCCUGAGGAAAAAAAUGAGGGGGAAGAUCUGAACAGUGGCAUCAGAUCCAAAGGGUCCCGCAGAGGAAAACAAAGAGAUGAUCCUGAACCAAAGUCUGAUCUCAACAUUGUUGAAACACAGCCUGUGACUGAAGGAAACGUUCAAGAGGAACCUGCAAACGCAGGCAGCUCCUCUCAGAGAAGACAACCUAGGGGUAGAAGACAAAUGAAAGAAAAGACGGACCAGGAAAAUGAGGCAGGUGCGUCUUCUAAAGGCCCAGGAAGAGCUAGGAAAGGGCAGGAAGGAAAAAGGAAGAGGGGAAAAGUAUUGUCUGAGGAUGAGGAAGAGAGUGAGGAGGAAAAAACAAGGAGGGGAACAAGAAGGACUGGAUUGAAACAAAAAUGUAAUGAAAAGGAGGGAGAGGAAGAAUUGGAGGAGAACAUCGAGAGGAUCGCACAAGAAGAGAAAGAGAAGAUUGAAAAAGAGCUGCAAGAACAGGAGGAGAGAGAGAGGUUGGAAAGAGAAGAAAAUGAAAGACUGGAAUGUGAAAGAAAAGAAAGGGAAGAACGCGAAGCUAAAGAGAGAGUGGAAAGAGAGCAGAAGGAAUUAGAAGAGAAAGAACGAUUGGAAAGAGAAGAAGAGGAACGGAUCAGGAAAGAAAAAGAAGAACAUGAGGCAAUGGAGAGAUUAAAGAGAGAGGCAGAGGAAAAAGAUCGUUUAGAGAGAGAGUUGAAGAAUAAAUUGGAGAGGCAGCAGCUUGAAAAGGAAGAGGAGGAAAUAAUACAGAGGGUGAAGGAACAAAAAGACAAGAUGGAAAAAGAGAGUUUACAAAGACUAGAGGCGGAGAGAGAACAGUUAGAAAAAGAGAGACAAGAAAAUGAGAGGCUUGAGAUGACGGCAAAAGCACAACUGAACAAGGAACAAAAAAAGAAGGAAGAGAUGAACCAACAUGAAAAACAAAAGAAUGAGACAUUGAAGGAGAAAAAUGCAGAAAUGAAUGCUUCUCCAGUUUCUCCCAAUGAUGAUGCCCCUGUCAGAAGAUCACGCCGCCAUUCAAACUCAUCUGUGAACUCUGAGCAAUCUGUAGCAUCACAACAGGAGCAGCCCAGUCAGAGAGGCAAAGGGAGGGGCAGGGGGCGGGGCAGAGGGAGACCGACAGCUAACAAACAACCAAUUAGUGGCAGACAGACUGGCAGGAGAAAAACCUUCCCAGGUCAUGCUGAUGGUGUUGAAGACACGGAGCCGGAUUCCACACCCCGUUCUCGAUCUCGCUCCAAUUCUAGAAGUUCGGAAAGAUCCUCCAAUAGCUCGAGAACUCCGGACCAAAGUGCAAGAGGAAGAGACAGAAAGAGUGUGAAAGUACCACAACCAGAGGAAGAAGUUUCCCAAGCUAAAACCCCAGGAAAGGGCAGGGGGAAAGGAGUCAGGGGUACUAAUGUAGACAACAUAAAUGUUGAGAGCAGUAAACAUGAACAAGAUGCAGAGGUAGUAGAAGAGGCUGUUAAACCCCAAACCAACAGCAGGGGGCGCAAGAGAGCAGCCACUGCCAGCACAUCUUCAGUAGAAGAGGCAGUUAAACCCCAAACCAACAGCAGGGGGCGCAAGAGAGCAGCCACUGCCAGCACAUCCUCGGUAGAGACUCCUCCACCCACACCUAAGACACCGCGGCGAUCUGUAGCCAGUCAAAUGCCCAAGGUAUUAUUUACUGGGCUGACAGAUGAGGAUGCAGAACGAGUUGUAGCCCGGUUGGGUGGGAGUCUGGCAAAGGGGGUGAAUGAUAUGACUCACCUGGUGACGGAUAAGGCUAGACGCACUGUUAAAUUUCUCUGUGCUGUUGCCAGAGGAGUGCCUAUUGUGACUCCCGAUUGGCUCCAAAAGUGUGGCAAAGCUGGCAGUUUCAUUUCUGCUGAUGAUCAUUUAUUAAAGGAUGUUGAGCAGGAGAAGAAGUUUAGUUUCAGCCUACAGGCAUCGCUACAAACGGCUCUACAUCAGCCUCUCUUAAAUGGUUAUGAGAUUCACGUGACAAAAUCAGUGAUACCAGAACCAUCUCAGAUGAAAGAAAUCAUUGCCUGUUGUGGAGCACGUUUUCUUCCCAAAAUGCCCUCUGCUCACAAGGAACACACAGUGGUGGUGUCAUGUGAGCAGGACAGGGCACUUUGUGCGAAGGCAUUGAGUAUGUCAUUGCCUGUGGUCAGCACAGAGUUUCUAUUGACUGGCAUUCUGCAGCAGAAAGUGGACCUGCAGGCUUAUGCUCUCACUUUCACUCCCAACACAACUAAUCAGCCCACAACCCCCAAAACACCAUCCAGGGGGCGUAGGAAGUAGUGCCAAUGACAUAGAGAAGGACUUUUCAUGUAUAACAUUUGUGGAGCUGUUCAGUCUGAUUCUAUUCUGUAGGCUGUUAUAGGAUAAAUGUAAGAAUCUUAAAAUUAGGAUUUUAUGCAAUGAAUUUAAUUUGACUGUGAAAUGCUGCUAUGCCUAUAACCAUACACCCACUGAUUCCUGUGAAUGUGGGAGCUUAAGACAGCGUGAUAGGAGGUUAAGAAUAAGCUCCCUUGAUUUUUUUAAGCUAUUAAGUCAAUAAACUCUGUAAUAGAAAUAUUAAAAA